AUGGGUUUAAAGUGUCAUAAGGUUCUUUUUACUUUAGUUGUCUUCUUUUUGGGGAUGUUUAUCAAUAACAUCUCCCUUGCAUCUGGUGUCAAAAAACUUGAUGAAAAAUGGAGCCCCAUCUCACCGAGUGACCCAGCAAUGGUGGAUAUUGCAAAGUUUGCAGUGAAUGCACACAACGAAGGGCAUCCUGAAAGUAGAGUUGUUUUUGAUAGUUUGGUAAGUGGUGAGACUUCAGGUUAUCCAAACCCAAUCUACCAUAUGAUCAUCGCAGCCAAAAGCGAUAUAGUGAGGAAGUAUCUAGCUGUUCUUGCUGAGAGGCCAUAUAUGAACUCUUUGUGGCUUCUAGACUGGCAAGGGCCCCUUUAG